AUGUCACAGCAAAACACGACAAACGCCGAUCUUUAUUACCACACGAUAGUCGAGUAUCUGAACGGCUUUCGCAACGACACCGUCGAUUUCACAAGGCCACACUUGAAACCUUCCUUCGACAGCAGUUGGCCCUAUGUGAUCGGCGUCUACGCGGUGCUCAUCGUCUUCAGUCUGGUCGCCAAUAUCAGCAUGGUGUACCACGUGUUCAGGUACGGCCACUCUGACAAAUCGACCUGCGGCUUUCUCGUGAACGCCGCCUUGGCCAAUGUGCUCCACGUCGCCGUCCCUCUGCCCAUCACCGUCAUCAACUUGCUGCUGUACAAUUGGAUAUUUGGAAAAUUCAUGUGCUACUUUCUGCCGAUGCUACAGGACAUUUCAAUACACGUAUUGAUGAUGACGUUUCUACUGAUUGUCGUCGAUAGAUACAGGUUUUUGGAUGAUCCAAGAAAACCACGAAUACCUGCUUUCAUCUGCUCCGUGGGAACGUGGUUUUUUGCCAUUUGUAUUGCCCUACCACACCCUAUUUAUCCGACUUUUUUGGAUCUUCAGAAAGAAUUUAAUGAAAAUGGGAAUGAUCUGAAAAGUAAUCAGGUAUACCCCAGCUUGUGUAUGGCAAACUUGGAGAACGACAUACACGACUACGUUAAAAGUCUAUUCAUUGGAGCUUACAUAGCACCUUUAGCUACGAUCACGUACCUGUACAUAAAGUCAUCUCGUGAAUUAAAAAAUCAAGAAGAACCUCUAUCUGUUACUUACGAUCCUCGACAGUCUGAGACGAAGUCAUCUCCCAAAGAAAGUAACAGUAGCAAUGACAUUACGGUUCCAGUUCAAAGAAAGAGCGUAAGCUUAAGCGCAAAUGGAGUAGUAGAUUUUACAAAAGUAUCGACGUCUUACGAUCUUCACGAUGGCGAGUACAGUGUAUUCAAAGAAGCGAGAACUCAAAGAUACCUCUUCGCCAUUAUAAUCAUUUUCGCUGUUUGUCUCGGACCCCUAAUGUUACUCAGAUUAGUGAGACCAGGAAUUCUGGAAACUUACGACAUAAUGUAUCAUUUGGACAUGGUAUACCUAGUCUUCAUUUGGCUAGCCUUUUUGCCCGCCUUCACGACUCCUUGCAUCUAUUUUGCGUGGAAAAUCAACAGGUCAAAGAAAAAUCGAUGGCUUAUCUACUGGCGCGACCUGAUUCGAUGCCACAGGACAGGAGUCCAUCACCACCUAGCUCCUGGCCAUUGUUUGAGCAAUCGCUCAAGCGUGGCGAUCGUUGUCGAGGGUGGGGUGGUGCGCGAACAAAUGGACAAAGCUCCCGAUGAAGGGAACACGAGUUCGGCUGGCCUGGGCUCACCCAGCCACGGCAGCAACGAUGCUUCGGUACCUCCAACGAGCAACGGCGCUGCUAGUGGAUUAGAACAACCUGUCGAUGGAGCGACCCAACAACAGCAGGCUCACUUCGCUCAACUGUUCGCAUCCAGGUUAACACCUCAGCAGCAAACUGCAACAGCCGACGUACCAGAACAGGUUCAACAGCAACAGCUGCAGCAACAAGAGCAGCAGAGCGCAAAUUUACUCGGAGUCGCGUAUUCAGCUGCACCGUCGGUGGCCCACGUCAAAGUAAACGGUAAUGGUUACAAGUUUGAUUUCUGA